AUGUUUUUGCUUCUCGUCCUCUCAACCCUUCUCUUCAAUAGCCAAGCCUCUGUGAACGAUCAAACGCAAACCACCUUCAACUUCCCCACCUUCAGUCCUCAGAGUUGCAGCAAUGGCAGCCUAAUAUGCAUGGGCUCAGUGACUGCAAGCAAUGGACAUUUGAGCCUCACACCAGAGCCAGAACAAGGCAAUUCAAGCUCAUCAUCUUCUUCACCGUUGUAUAAGGUUGGUAGGGUUUUAUAUCGCUACCCGGUGCGUGCUUGGCCGGCUUUUAUCUCUACCACCUUCACUGUUAGAAUCUCUGCCUUCCCAAACUCAACCGGUUCUGGAGAUGGCAUGGCAUUUGUUUUUGCACAGGACAGUGGCCCCUCUCCUCCUGAUAGCUAUGGCUCGUUUCUUGGACUGCUUAAUAGAUCAACUGAAGGUGGAGCAGUUAAACAAUUGGGUAUUGAGCUAGACACUUUCAUGAACGAAGAGUUUGAUCCAGAUGGGAACCACAUUGCCAUUGACACAACAAGCAUAAUGAACCCAGUUGUGGCGAAGAGUCUCAACAGCACAGGCAUUGAGCUCAAGAGUGGAAGAGAUAUCAAAUUUAGAAUUGACUAUGACGGUUGGAAUCAGAUCCUCCAAAUUUCUGUUGGAUACUCUGAGAACCCAACAAUCAGCUUCCUCAACUAUUCCAUUGACAUGUCUCAAAUGGUUCCAAGCUCUGUUUAUGUUGGCUUCACUGCCUCUACUGGGACCCUCCCAGAGAGCCAUCAAGUCCUUGAUUGGGUUUUCACAUCCGUACAGUUGCCAGGAAUUCCUCCCUCCAAACCUGAUUCUGAUAAAAAAGUUCAUCACUGGAACACUAAGAGCAUAUGGGUCAUUGAUCUUCCUAUUUUUCUGGGUAUGGCAAUUUUGAUAGCCUGCACUUACCCUUUGAUUUUGAGAGUUCUGAGGAGAAAUCAAUGUAUUGGGAAUCAGGAUGAAGAUGACAUAGAAAGCCAGUCAAGAACAGCUGCAAAUGCCCCAGAAAUGUUUACUUACAAACAGCUUUUAGUGGCCACUCAGAACUUCUGCAAGGAAAAUCUGCUGGGCUCAGGUGGAUUUGGAAUUGUCUACAAAGGCAUCAUAUCUUCAGAUCCUCCUAAAACCAUUGCUGUCAAGAAGAUCUCAGCAACCUCCAAACAAGGGGAAAGGGAGUACUUAGCAGAAAUCUGCACAAUUGGGCGCCUGAGGCACAAGAACAUAGUGCAACUCCAAGGCUGGUGUCAUGAACACGAACAUCGCUUCCUGGUCUACGAUUACAUGCCUAAUGGAAGCCUCGAUCGAUACAUUGGAAAGCCCUAUCUUGAUUGGAGAACAAGGUACAAGAUCUUAACAGGAUUGGCAUCAGCAUUGCUUUACCUCCAUGAAGAGUGUGGCAACCCUGUGGUUCACAGAGACAUUAAACCCGACAAUGUGAUGUUGGACUCUGAUUUCAAUGCUCAUCUUGGUGACUUUGGCCUAGCAAGACUAAUGUUCAAAGACGCCUCAGUUACAAUCCCAAUGGCAGGAACUCCCGCGUAUUUAGCCCCAGAAUUUCUAGGGUUCUCGGGAAAAGCUACUCAGGAGUCUGAUGUCUAUAGCUUUGGAAUGGUGGUGCUAGAAGUGGUAUGUGGGAGGAGAUCAAAAGGGUUCAUGGAUGAUUAUAGUUUAGUCGAACACGUGUGGAAUUCCUACACGAAAAAUGAGCUGCUCGAUUGCGUGGACCAAAUGCUGGAUGGGAAAUUUGAGGAGGAACAAGUGAGAAGGACAUUGAUUGUUGGCCUUGCAUGCUUGCAUACAUACUGUAUGCUGAGGCCAAAGAUGAGGAAGGUGGUGCAGAUUCUUCUGAACCCAAAUGAGCCUCUAAUGGAAUUGCCAGAUACUAGGGCAAGGCCAAGUGCAGUUUAUCUAUCAGUGUCUUCCUCUGCUCCAACCACUGAAUUUGGCUCUACAAGUUCCUCAUACAUUGCGUCAUGA